GACAGAUAAAAGCCAUUAUUCUGGUAAGGCAAAGUGCACGAGGUGUGAAGUGCAUGUUGCACGACAAAAAAAAAAAAGCGUGAAAACCAGAAAAGCUUUUCCUGUCUCAGCGUUUCACACACUCAUCUGCUGCCACAGCCUGAUGCACUCUCAUCCCCUUAAACACACACGGGUGCCAUUCUCACAGGCAACAUGGAGAGGGAAGGGAUGCUGGUCCGGUCUAUUUACUACGGGAGAAUUGGAAGCGGAGCCACAGAGAGCCUGCUGGAGAGGUUUGGACACGAUGGAAGCUUUCUGCUGAGAGACAGCGAGACCGUGCAGGGGGCCUACUGUCUGUGUGUGAGGAAAGCGCCGUUUGUGCACACCUACAGGAUUGUACGCUCCACUGAGGGCUGGUGUCUUCAGCAGGAUUCAGGAGUCAGACGGCAGAGUUUUAGGACCCUGGAAACACUGAUAGAGAGCCACAGAAGGGGUAUGGGCUCAGAUGUCGGUAUAGCCCCCCUCACAAACCCACUAGACAAAACCCAGCUACAGUACACCAGCUUUGGACAAGAGUUUGUCUACAUGGAAACGUGUAGCAGCAGCAGCUCAGUCUAUUGAAGCCUGACAGAACGAAGCCAUUAAUCAGGUGGACAAACAAGAUGGGAGUAACAGUACGUGGCACAUCAAGGAUCUGUGUACUGUCUGUCAUAUUUUUGCAGGGUUUUUUCUUUCCUUUCUUAAUCAAUAAUUGAGUCACUUUAGUAUAAGUUUAAAACAAAAACUUCCCAUUCGGUGUAUUACAUUUGACAAGAUUAUCAAAAAGAGGCCACUGUAGUGUAUGCAAACCUUGUCAAUUACAAGUACAUAUUUUACCACGUAUUCAAGAGACCUUGAACUGUUUUUAAAUUGCUGUUCGAGUGAGUAUGGGGAAAAAAAGAAAAGAAAAGAUGCUGUGCAAAUAUAUCACACACUAUCUCUAUUGCUGUGGUUUUAUUUCAGAAGACCUAUGUCCUUCAUAUGUGGUCCGUUAUUGUGUGUGAGGAAGGCUGUGUUUGCCUGUCAAUACACAAAUGGUUUCCAAACUAAUGGCCUCAGUAAUAAGUCUCUGGUCAUCUGUGUGUCUUAUGAUGUUUUGUGUGAUAAAAGAAAAAUGGUUUUACAUAGUUGUGUGGUGAUGUAUUGUAAUUGUUUUUUUGUCUGCAAACACACAGACAAUGAGUUGAUGGCCUUUAUGUUUUAUAUCUGCUUGGGGAAGUCACCCUUGAGUACAGUGAUCUAUUUAAUCUGUGUGGUUUGUCUGCAUGCAUUUUAUCUUAUUUGAAGCCACUGUAGCAGAACAGAGAGUGUAAGCAGCACAGGAAAUGUGAAAUUUGACUUCAUUUAUUUUGCAACACCAGGUUCUUCUCAGUCACUGGCGAUAUCCAACCUACAAACACAGUUUUCAGGUCUUAUAAUGAGCUCAUACUGAUCUUAAUCUGGUAU